CCCGCCGUACCGAGCCGCCGCGGAGCCGGCGCAGCCCCGCGGAGGGCAGCGGCAGCGCGGGGCUAUGGGGAUGAGAGCGGGGCUGUGAGCGCGGCCGGAGCGCUGCCCCCUCCCCGGUACCACCGCGGCUCCACGGGAGAGACCCCGCGCGGUGUCGCCCGGCCCGGCUCGGCUCGGAUGCGGCCAUGGGCAGCCGCUUCUCCAGAAUCCCCGCGCUGCCCCGCGGAGGGCAGGGCCGGCUGCACCGCGCCCGUCACCACCACCUCAAAGAUUCCAUAGGUGGCUCAUUCCCGGCCUCCUCCCACCGAUGUCACCACAAGCAGAAGCACUGUCUCCCCAUCCCACAGUGUGGAGCUCUGUCCAUCACCCCUCUGCUUUUCCACCCCCACACAAAGGGGUCCCAGAUCGUCAUGGACACAACACAGAAGGCAGUGAAGCGCCAGGCUAGCUUCUGUAAUGCCAUUACCUUCAGCAACAGACCCAUUGUUAUUUAUGAGCAAGUCAGGCUUAAGAUCACCAAAAAGCAGUGUUGCUGGAGCGGGGCUCUUCGACUCGGGUUUACUUCCAAGGAUCCUUCAAGGAUUAACCCCGACACCCUGCCGAAGUACGCGUGCCCUGACUUGGUUUCCCAAAGCGGCUUCUGGGCCAAAGCUCUGCCGGAAGAGUUUGCCAAUGAGGGGAACAUCAUUGCCUUCUGGGUGGACAAGAAGGGACGGGUUUUCUACCGUGUGAAUGACUCUGCUGCAAUGCUCUUCUUCAGCGGAGUGAGGACGGCAGAACCCCUCUGGGCUUUGAUUGAUGUCUACGGGCUCACCCGCGGGGUGCAGCUCCUAGACAGUGAAAUCAUUCCUCCUGACUGCCUGCGGCCCCGCUCCUUCACCGCCAUCCGCCGGCCAUCGCUGCGGCGGGAGACAGAGGACACGCGCCUCUCGGUCAGCCUGUGUGACCUCAACCUGCAGGAGGAGAGCUUCCACGUGACGGCCACCACCUGCCCCAUCCCGCAGAACUCCCUCAAUUCCCAGCACUCCCACCUCCUCCCGUCCCAACUCGAGAGCGACCUCCGCUUCCACCACCUCCGGGGAGCCCACGUCAAAAUCCUUGAUGACCAAACUGUGGCCCGCCUGGAGCACGCCCGGGAGGAGAGGACUUUGGUUUUCACCAGCAGACCCCUUCGGAUCAAUGAGACCAUUUUUGUCAAGAUUAACAAGUCCAACGCUGCGCGCACGGGAACGCUGUCCUACGGGGUGACGUCCUGCGACCCCAGUACCCUUAGGCCCAGCGACCUCCCCUAUAACCCUGAGUCCUUGGUUGACCGAAAGGAGUUCUGGGCCGUGUGCCGAGUCCUGGUGCCCCUCCAGAGCGGAGACAUCCUGGGAUUUAUGGUGAAUUCGGAUGGCGAGCUGCACCUGAGUCACAACGGGGCCAGCACCGGCAUGCAAGUCUGCGUGGACUCUUCGCAGCCCCUCUGGAUGUUCUUUGGUUUACACGGUGCCGUCAUGCAGAUCCGUGUGCUGGGUAGGUCUUACCCCCACCUUUCUCAAAACCUUGCACGCAGAACAGCAAGGUGGGAUCUGUUGUGGGGAAAUUGGGGAAGGAAUGGAAAAGCUGAUGUCUUCCUUCCUACUCUAGGAUCAGGUUCCACCGUACUGGCCGAGCGGCUGGGGCCGUCCACACCGAGCUCACCCACAUCAACGCCCAAUUCCCCCACCGUCCUCUGCAGUGGUGUUUCUGACCCCAUACUGUCUACGUGUGGCUCUGGCCCACUCUGCAGCUCCAUCAGUGGCACAGCUCCCAACUCUCCCGUCAGCUUGCCUGAGUCGCCCAUCUCCCCAUCCGUCCCAGGGCCCUGGGGAGAUGAAUGUACCAUCUGCUAUGAGAACAUGGUAGACACAGUCAUUUACUCCUGUGGACACAUGUGUCUCUGCUAUUCAUGUGGGCUGAAGCUCAAGAAGAUGGCCAACGCUUGCUGUCCCAUUUGCAGACGGGCCAUCAAAGAUAUCAUCAAGACAUACCGCAGCACUUAGAGCAACAGCAGCUGCUGUGAUGGGACUAGGAAGGUGGAGAGGUGGCUGUGAAAUAUCACAGAUCUUGGUCUCGAUUCAUCACCUGGGGAUUUGAAAACCAUCACCCACCACCACUCCUGAUCCCCCUCUUCCAUGGACAAGAGAUGAGACCAGCUUAGAUGCUACUCUUCUACUCUCCUGGGACUGAACUCCAGUGCAUCAGGGAAAUCACCAUGGACUGCUCCCCCCUAUGGAUUUUAAACUUUCUCUCUCAAAGAAAAAAAAACAACAGCUGGAGCAACCAUCCCUUUUCUACAUCACGCACAGAGGAGGGGAGUCUCCAGUGUUUAGCACGGACAACAAGAGAUAAAAGGUUCAGUGCUGCACCUCUCCUUCUGGAGCCAUCCUGCAUGCAAAGGACACCUUGGCAGAAGGGGAGAAACAAGCAGUGUGUUUCGAUUUACCACUAGCCUGACCAUAGGAAGCCCCUUAAAAAGUAUGGUGUGAGGCAAGCAUGGACCCAGCAGGGGAGAUGCAGGGAGUACAUCUGCAGUGGAAAUGCAGGAGCAACUGGGACUUUUAAAGAAAACCCUCUGUGUGUCCACCACGGCAGCACCUCCAGGGGACCAGCACCAUGGCUGCCCUGCUGCCUCCUUGCAGUUCCUCAUCAGAGCUGUUCAUGAUGGGUUUGGCAGCGAACACUGGACUCUCUCCCUCCCAGCAGCGUCCAGACACCUCCUGGCACCAUCCUGUUGCAUGACAAGCAUCUCUCUCACACCCUGCCACCACCGAGUUGCUGUGGCUUGUCCUGAAUGGUCUUCACGCAGCACAAAGAAUCCAGCAGCAUCUCUGCCUCCAUGGCCUGCAGGAGGGGAAGAUGCACCUCCCUCGCCUUUCCUCCCCUUGUCAUCCAGACAGCACUUCUGAGGGAGAAUAGAAAAAUGAAGAAAAAAACCAACCCAAAAAUACAAAAAAACAAAAACAACAACAACAACAAAAAAAAACCAACCCCACUGGGGAAGAAUGUAUAAACCCACACGUCUGCGGGUCUCAUUUACUGGUAACUUUAUCACUGUGCUUUAAGACAAAAACAGCCAGGUGGUACUUAUAGCCCUUUACAGCCAGCCCGCCGGCAGGACAUGGCUGUCCUUAUGUGUUAGAGGGGGGAAGAAGAAAAUAAUUAUAGCUUGAGGGGUUUGGUUUAUUUAAAUAACCCCCUUGCCCUCGCUGGGAACCCCACUGUUCCUAUAGUGGGUGCCAUGAUGACCGUGGUACUGUCACAGCUACUGGCCUGGCCCAGGGCUGCAGGGCCUUGCUCUGCUACAGCAGGUGCUCCCCAGCUGUCCUCUGGCCCCAUCCUGGUGCCUCUGGGAGGAAGAAGCAGCACUAGGCUCUGAGGGGUGGUCAAGGGCUGGGGUAUGAUUGCAGCCUUCACCCCGCCUCGUUGCCACCAGGCCAGGGAAUGCCAUGGAGCUGCACUCUUCCUGCUAAGCCUUUUGCUAUCAUGGCUACCAGAAAUGUGGUGGGUGAAGGUUCUGGAAAACUUGGCCUCACCCUGACCCCUCAAGGAAAUCAAAGGAGAUGCUAAGAGCUGGAGAGUGCUUUCUAAAGCCUUUCUCUAAAGGCACCGCCAUCACUGCAGCCUCCUGCAGGAGCCUGCAGUCACCCCCAGCCUGCCUGGCGGGCACUCCGUAACUUGAACACUGAUUUUCUGGUUACAGGGAUUUACGCCAUUUCUUUGUACGCCUCUCACGUCCACCCCUAACCCAGGGGCCCUGCUUGGACAGGGGUGGGAGGAAGCGUUCACGGCCUCCAUGCCAGGAGCACGGCCAGCACAGAGGGCACAGAGCCAGUCUCCAGGACCAGCCGAGGUGGGGAAUCUGUGUCAGUGCUUAAACACACCCCAAAAUUUCAGAGAGGAGGAACCCAAGAGGUAGGAAUGUGUCCGUGAAUCAGUGGAUGUGGGGAAAUGUGCAAUAAGCAGCCUCCCAGGCCUUCACCACGCCAGUGGGACCGGUUCCCUCCCGCAUAGGGCGAGCCAAUGGGUACAUUCUAUUUUUCAAGAAACUCCAUCCAUGGGUACCAGUGCAGUGGUGUGAAUUCCCUUUUCACCUUUUGAAUUCAGAGUGUUUUAAUAUAUUAACUGUGUUUGUUUUACUGUGGACCAAAGUCUAGAAGUUAGCAGAAACCGAAAGCUCCCCCAGCAUCCGAGCUCAAAAUUUGGGGUUCAGUCCCGCUCCCAGCAUCAGCUGGCUCCAGUUGUGAGCAGGGAGGAGAGCAAGGCUCUCUGCAGGGAGGAAAAAACAACAACAGCAAAACCAGUAACAACAGUCCUAACCUUUUGUUUUGUUUGAAUUGUGUAGGCUCCCACGUACCUCUGUGUUCUUGUGUCAUUUGCAUUUCAUUGCUUUACUUUAAGAUGUUUUGUGUUCUGUUUGAAGAGAAGAAUAACUCAUUGUGAAAAAUUGGAUAACUGUGAUUGUGAAUAAAGCUGAUUUAGGUAUCCUGCA